AUGCUCAGAAGUGUCGGAGAAAUGAUUGCCAUGGAUGCGUCUGUACUGCCAAAGCAUCGUAAGCACUAUUCGCCGAAGAAAUUGCUCACAAAGGCUAUGGCAGAACGACAGCCGACGUCCGGCCUUUCCGGUUCCAGUUGGCCUAUGUCUAACUUCUAUCCACUUGGCCACUUGGGCCACUCCCAUUCGAUCGUGAACGGGACUCGAAGAGUCGUAUUAAAGGUAUUGUCCAGACUGCUCUCAAAGGCACUUGACCUCGAGCAAACCAACUUCGACAACUAUCCACAUCGAUCACCGAUCAUGCAGUGUGAGCUUGACCCAGCGAACGGUACCGAAAUCGCGACUAACGGCAGCGAAUCCAUGUGCAGUCACCACAAUCGUCCUUUCCAUCAUCAGCCUCGCUGCAGCGGCUCAGGCAGCGUGCUAUUCUGCCCCAUCGCGUGA